AUGGAACAAACAAAACGACACCGACAACAAAAUAGUAUUACUAGUAAUAAUAAGAAAAAAAAGUUAUCAAAUAACAGUUCAUCUAUUACACAUCUUGAAGAUCUUCCAAAUGAAAUUUUCUAUGAAAUAUUUGGUUAUCUCGAUUUUCAUUAUGUAUAUAAAGCUUUUUCCAAUCUUAAUAUACGAUUUCAAAAUCUUCUUAAUUAUUCAAUUCAUUCUAUCAAACUCAAUAUUUCAUCUAUGUCUAAAUCAACUUUUCAAUAUUAUUAUACACAUAUCAUCAUACCUAAUAAACAUUGUAUUAAAUCUCUUCAUUUAUCAAAUCCAUUUAUUAUUAAUUUAAUUUUUAAACCAUUUUCAUUUUCUAUAAUAUCAAAUUUUAUUCAACUUGAAACACUUAUUCUUAAUAAUAUUGAAAAAAUCUAUCUUACAAAUAUUCUUAAACAAUUAAUUUCAUUACCUAAACUUCAUUCUUUAGUCAUUAAUUCUGUUGAUAUUGUUCGAUGUAAUAAUAAAUUUUAUUGCCAAUUAUUUCGUUUACCUACACUCAAAUAUUGUAAAUUUAACAUUCCAGAAGAUGAUCAUUAUGAUGAGUUGCCAUUUUCUAUUAACGAAUACAGUUCUAUCAAACAUCUUGUUAUAGAAAAUAAUAUUCAUUUAAAGAAACUCGACGCUCUUUUAUCAUAUGUACCUCAACUUCAUCGUCUUUCAAUUCAUCAACUAAAUCAAUCAUUUGACAAAGAAACACAAAUAUUUUCAAGUGUAUUAAAAUAUUUAACACAUUGUUCUAUAGGGAAAAUAUCUAUUAGUUUUGAUGAAUUUGAAUUAUUGAGUAAAAAUAUU